UAAUGACCGCAACCAUGUCGACUACGCCUAAGCAGGCUACACAACUCCUCUUUUCGCCAAAUGUGCAGUACAACAAUGCACGCCUGUACACUGUCAAGUUUCUGUCUGCGUGCCUUGCGGGUGCCGUUGCUGGCAUUCUAGGCCUCGAGAACGUGCUCGGCUUUGCCUUGUUCAUCUUGUCGACACUGCUCACCUCUGCGUGCCUGUAUGUCAAAUGCAAGGGAAAGCCGGCGAAAUACAUGCCCGGAGGGCUGGUGGGAGCUCGUGAACCCCGGCCAAGAAAAUCUGUUCUCCUUUGUGCUCGUAUGGACGUUAUUUUAUGGUAUAGGGAAGCGUGAGAAAUCGUAUGAUACCGCGGUAGGCUUCUUUGACUGCUAGCUCUGUGUGUUCGGUUUAUACAGCGGUGUUGGGCCAGCUGAUAUCAGCUUCUCUUGCGAUCUCCGGCUCCCAAGCUCGAUUAUGUAACAUCGUCUCUAUGAGAGUUUUACUUGACUUUUAUGUAUAAUGGAGUGGCUGAAUUAUGAGAAU